AUGAGUACUAUUAUUAAAAAAAAAAUUGUUUUACCCAAAAAUAUUACUGCAGAGUUUGCAGCAGAACUUAAAGAAUGUUUUGAUUGGCAAGACAGGAAUUCUGAUGGACUAGUUUCUAAAGAAAGUUUGCUUAUUUUAUUACGUGCAGCUGGACAAGUCUGGUCUUUGGAUGAAAUAGAAAGGAUUUGUCAUGAAUUGGGUACAAAUGAUAUAGACUUCCAAAUAUAUUUGGAACUAGUAGCUCAUAAAUUCUCAUUAAAAGCCGAUAAACAAGAGCUUAUUAAUGCAUUCAAUAUAUUAGAUAGAAGUGGGAAUGGUAAAGUUCUUGUUAGUGAUUUGAAGCAUAUAUUGUGUAGUAUAGGAGAGAAAAUGACAGAUGAAAGCUUUCAAGAGUUAUUACGUAUAUCUGAUGUACCAGAUGCUUCUAGAUUGACAUAUUUGAAUAAAUCUGAAUUUUUGAAAAUAUUUGGAAAUAAUUCUGAUUAA